CUUUUUCUUCAGGCCCUUUUCAUACCAAUACCAAAAUUCCAUGACAGUCAAGUAAUUAAAAAAAAUUCCUGAGCUCAGUUACAGUCGAGAGAGAGAGAUGUCAAAUCUUUUAAUGUGAAAACCACUCGUUAACUUUUAACGGAAAACCACCAUUUAUAUUCACUUCUCCUACGUGCCAAAGACUCGACAGAGCCAAAACGCUGUCGUUUUCGCAAUCCCCAUUUCCCCACUGUGUAAUGUAUCUUUCGAAGUGAGUCACAGAAAAAGCUGAAAAUCAAUUUAGCGGUUUACCGUUUCACGGCGAAGAUGAUAAGCUAAAAUAGCUUUUCGCCGAUUCAAACAAUUUUCGCCAAUGGGCUGCGUCUGCUGCAAAAUAUCCGCCGGAGAGAAACGGAAUCCCGAUGAAGCUGCUCCGGGAAACCUCCGCUGUGAACCUAAGCCUGACGAUUUACGUUCUUCAUCAACCGCCGUAUCUGUACCGGAGGUCGAUAACGGAGAGAGGAAAAAUGAUUUAGCUUCGAUUCAGAUUCAAACGGCGAGAACGUGGCACACUGGCGAUUUCUCCGCCGGCUCUUCUCGCCGGCCGUUGGGUAUGAGCCUCCGCACGCCGGAAGGAUGGCCACCGUGGCUAAUUGCUGCUUGCGGCGAUUCGAUCAAAGACUUAACUCCUCGACGAGCCACCACAUACGAGAAGCUCGAGAAGAUUGGGCAAGGAACAUACAGCAAUGUGUACAAGGCGAAAGAUCUAUUGACUGGAAAAAUAGUAGCUUUGAAGAAAGUUAGGUUUGAUAAUUUGGAAGCAGAGAGUGUUAAGUUCAUGGCUAGAGAGAUUCUUGUGCUGCGACGGCUUAAUCAUCCUAAUGUUAUAAAGCUUGAAGGUUUAGUUACUUCGAGGGUUUCUUGUAGCCUCUACCUUGUUUUUGAGUACAUGGAGCAUGAUCUCUCUGGUCUUGCAGCGACACAAGGUGCCAAGUUUGAUCUUCCUCAGGUAAAAUGCUUUAUGAAGCAGCUACUCUCUGGGCUAGAGCAUUGCCAUAGCAGAGGAGUAUUACAUAGAGAUAUCAAAGGUUCUAAUCUGCUGAUAGAUAACGAUGGGAUACUGAAGAUUGCUGAUUUUGGGUUGGCUACUUUUUAUGAUCUAAAGCAAAAGCAAGCGAUGACUAGUCGUGUUGUCACUCUCUGGUACCGUCCUCCCGAGCUUCUGCUUGGAGCUACAAACUAUGGAACUGGUGUUGAUCUUUGGAGUGCAGGUUGUAUCAUGGCAGAGUUACUCGCUGGCAAGCCCGUUAUGCCAGGAAGAACAGAGGUUGAACAACUUCAUAAGAUAUUUAAAUUAUGUGGCUCCCCUUCGGAUUCGUACUGGAAGAAAUAUAAAUUGCCGAACGCAACUCUUUUUAAACCGCAGCAUCCAUACAAACGUUGUGUGGCUGAAGCUUUCAAUGGUUUCACUCCUUCCUCUGUGCAUUUAGUUGAGACGCUUCUUGCUAUAGACCCUGAUGAUCGAGGAACUUCUACCUCGGCCUUGAGUAGUGAAUUCUUUGCUAGUGAACCAUUAGCUUGUGAUCCUUCAAGUUUACCAAAGUAUCCACCUUCGAAAGAACUGGAUGUAAAGCUGAGGGAUGAAGAGGCAAGAAGGCAAAAGGGUCUUGCUAGAAAAGCUAGUGGUAUUGAAGGAGCAAGAAGAAUAAGGUAUCGUGGUGAUCGCACUGGGAGAGCUUUUCCAGCUCCAGAAGCUAAUGCCGAGAUUCAAGCAAACUUAGAUAAAUGGAGAGUGGCUCCACAAACACAUGGAAAGAGCAAGAGCGAGAAGUUCCCGCCUCCUCAUCAAGACGGUGCAGUUGGGCAUCCGGUGGAAGAUGAUCAGUCAAAGAAAAGCUCAGUGUUUGGUGCAAAGACCGAGACUUCUUUCGGGUCAUCGAGAUCGUUGAAGGCUGGUGAAGGGACAUCAAUGAGAAAGAUUUCAAACAAAGAUGGGUCUCGUGGGUCUUCUUCUUCAAGAAAGUACAUAUGGGGGCUUAAACCUCCUCCUGCACUUGGUCUAUCUAUGGACUUACUUUUCAAGAGCAGAUCAGAAGUUUUUGGGAUCCGGAGAUAGGGGUAGAGAAAUGAGAAAUGAGUUAAAGAGUUUAUAUUAUCAGUGCAUCAAAAAUAAGAGAUUGUUUCCAUAUUCUUUGUAGCAGAAUAGAGAGAGAGUGCAAAAAUGGAAAUGUGGUACACUGAUGUAAAAACAUUAUUCAGGUUAGUUUUAGAAUCUUACUUUUUAAAAUUGUAUAGCUGUUGAAAUGGGUUUUGAGGCUUCAAAGAUUGGGAUGUUCAAAAGAUUUUGAUUUCUGUUUCACUGCACCUGUUGUUUGUUUGAA